GCUCAUUCACACAGCGCUGUCAGUCUUCAUUACUGCUUCAUAAAUAGUUUUCCACAGAUAAUGGAGCCAGUGAAUUCACUUAAGACUACAGUCAGUCAGUCACAGUCCACUGUCCCACUGUCUCCCUCUAUUUGUGUCCCUCCAACACUGAGAGAUAGUGAGUGUUACCAUGUGUUCAUCAGCUACAGCAGCACUGACUACCAGUGGACCCACUCCAUCAUCAACCAGCUGGAAUCCUGUGGCCUGCAGGUCUGCUACCAUGAGCGUGACUUCAUUCCUGGGCGCACUGUGUUAGAGAACAUGUCCGAGUGCAUCCAGGAGAGCCAGAAGGUGCUGCUGGUCCUCAGCCCAGAGUUUGUGAGGAGCCGCUGGUGUCUCCUGGAGGCCAACAUGUCUCUGUUCAGAGACUGUCUGGAAAGGAAACCCAUCGUCCCAGUGCUGCUGCAGCUAGGUGUCUCAGUUCCUCUCCACCUCUGCCACCUCACCUAUCUGGAGGCCAACGACCCCGACUUUAUGAAUAAGCUGCUCAAGGUGCUCUGCACCCCCAACCGAGAGCUUCAAGGGUCCACUGUGGUGCCCUUCCAGCCUCCCUCUAUCUACAAUGGGAAGGCCCUGCAGCCUCUGACUGCUGUCAAUGAUGAGGGACUCAAUAAAUGGGAUUCUGGUCAGUUCAGUGACAUGGAGGUGCCAGACCAACUGCGCCUGAUCAUUGAGGACCAAGAGAAGUACAGACAGGCUGUGAGGAUGAUCAACAGUGUCUCUCAAAAUAAAGUGUGGCUGCGCCCACUAUGGCUUAGAGCAAUGAUCUACAUUAUUGGUGCGAUAGUUUUUUUAAUCUUGGCAACUUUUUCUACAUAUAUGACAGUUAUAUUUAUAUUUGGCCAGUUUUUGCCCAAACUUGAGAACAAAAAUCCUGUUGGAGUAUGGGUGCUCACCAUUUCUAGUUUCUACUGUGUUCCAUUAGGGUUUAUUAUUCAGCUUAGUCUCUGGAAGAUGGAUGAUGAGAGGUACAUUGUGAGGGAGAUGCAGAAAACUGUAGGUCAGGCAAACACAAUCCUCUCUGAGGAGAAGGUGUUAAUGGGCUGUCGGUCCAAUUCAAAAAUCUAUCUGGUGUAUGUUUCUCUUGAUGGUUGCAAACAUGACUUUGCAGAAACAUUUUCUGAGCAGACUAAUGCUGAGGACAUGUUUGAGAGAGCAAUACUCUUCUUCUCAUCAGGUUAUGCCUGCUGCCUUGCUAAAAGACACUUUCCUUUUCCCCAGCCCAGCUCUACUGGUCACCUGGAGGGAGGGGUGUGUUUCUGUCAGUAUGUCUCCCAGCAGCUGAGCAGGGGAGAAUGGAAGUAGGAGUAUUGUGGAAUAUUAGCUAAGACCUACUAACUGCCCAAUAUAUGUUGGGUGAAUCAUCCGUCUCAGAAAAUCAUACUGCAACUUUAAAAGCAUUAUCUGUUAAUACCAACUCUUAAGCAAUCACUAGAAGAAACAGUGCAAGUUCAGCAUCAAAUGACAUUCCUUUACUUGCCAAGAGCUGUGUCCAGAGAUUGAAAACAGUGCCAAUGUUUUACUAAGUUUACAGGAAGAAAAGUUAAUCUACACUUGACGUUUUGAAUGAUUAUAUUUUAUCUCUGGUCAUUUUUCAUGCCAUUUAAAUUGUUAAUUACUUCAUUAAAAAUGUAUAC